AUUCACGUUGCUACGGCGACGAUGCAAGCAAGGCUACUGUUGGUUGCGCAGUCAUGACGUCCGGUGGAUAUAGGGAAUUCCGUAUGCACGGAGUGGAAGAACAGCCGAGUUCAGAACUCAUCAGCGAGAUCCGGACGAACAAAACUCGCAAGAAACAUUAUUUGGGACUUCGCCUUAAAUUAUUUUACAGUUGACGUUAUAGAAGUGUUGCUUAUGUACUUUAUCAAGCGUUGGCGUUGCGCAGAAGAUGUGUCCAUAUGUGCACUAAAAUAACAUUUGAUGCAACCUUCGAAAGUUGUAUCUAUCAAACCCAAUGACCCACACCUCAAACAUUAUUCAUAAACAUAAUAUUUGAGAGCUGCUCAAACAACUCAAACAGAGACGAAGACUGCGGACUUGCACAUAAGGGCAGCCAUGUUCCCUGAUGCCCUAGAGGCAGCUGGCCGGGUGGAAGGCUUGCCCCUGACCUCCCCCGCAACUCCAACCUUACCUGACCCUGAUGAAGAGGAAGGCCAGAGGGAGGUGAUGGCGUGGACCAGUCCCAGGCGGAGAGCUGGCCGCUACCGUCACAGCCUGCAGAUACUGAAGCCCUUCAGGAUAACACACAAGCACCAGCACCCAGUCGACAACACUGGUCUCUUCUCCUUCAUGACUCUGCACUGGCUCACCCCGCUCGCUCUGAGGGCCCACAAGACAUCCAGCCUCUCCAUAGACGAUGUAUGGGGCCUGUCCUGCCACGAGGCCUCUGAAUUCAACUGCCACAGACUGGAGAGCCUAUGGCAUGAUGAGCUGAAACAGAAGGGGAAAGAAGAGGCAUCCCUGUCCCGUGUCUUCUGGAGGUUCUGCCAGACCCGCAUGCUGGUCGCCAUCUUCUCCCUCCUCAUCACCAUGGUCACCGGCUUUGUGGGGCCCGCACUCCUGGUCCGUGCCCUGCUGGAGUAUUCUCAGAGUGCGGAGAGCUGGCUGCCCUACGGCCUCUCCCUGGUGGCGGGGAUCUUCUUGAUGGAGCUGAUGCGCUCCUGGUCGCUGGCACUCAUGUGGGCCGUCAAUUACCGCACCGCCACUCGCCUCCGGGGUGCAGCGCUCACAUUCGCCUUUCACAAGAUACUCCGCCUUCGCAGCACCAAAGACAUCAGUGCUGGAGAGCUGAUCAACAUCUGCUCCAGCGAUGGCCAGCGGGUAUACGAGGCAGUCUCAGUGGGCUGUCUGCUGGCCGGUGGCCCACUUGUGGGUAUCCUGGGUCUGUCCUACACCACUUACUUCCUGGGACCCACUGCAUUGGUUGGAUCAGCCAUCUUCGUCUUCUUCUACCCUGCUAUGAUGCUGGCAUCGCGUCUCACAGCGUAUUUCCGUAAGAAGUGCGUGGUAGUGACUGACCGGCGCGUGAGGCUCAUGAACGAGAUCCUUGGCUGUAUCAAGUUCAUCAAGAUGUACUGCUGGGAAAACGCUUUCACUCAGAACAUUCACAAGGUGCGAUCAGAGGAGAGGGGGAUAUUGGAGAGGGCUGGUUAUGUUCAGAGCCUCACAGUGGGCGUGGCUCCCAUAGUCGUGGUGAUUUCCAGUGUCUGCACAUUCACGCUACACAUGGCCUUGGGUUAUGACCUCACUGCAGCCCAGGCCUUCACCAUUGUUGCAGUCUUCAACUCAAUGACCUUUGCCCUCAAGGUCACGCCCUUGGCUGUAAGAGCUUUAUCAGAGGGUUCUGUGGCAGUCAACCGAUUUCAGAGACUCUUUUUGAUGGAGGACCGAGAGGUUGUAAUGGCCAAAACGGACAACCCUAUGAAUUCCGUGGAGUUCCGUGACGCCACGUUGGCUUGGGAGAAGGCCAAAGCUCCCGCCAAAGCCAUCACUGUCCCCAAGAAGAAAAGAGGCGGGAUGCGACGUGUGCUGCGCAAGGAGAAACUGAGCCUGUAUAUCAUUGCAGAGGAGGGUAAGGGGAACAACGAGGGUCCCAAUGGACAAAAUCUCCUCACCCACAUGGAACAGGAGAGCCCCCAGAGCACCAUCUCCUCCACCCAGAGCUCCACCAUCCGCCCGCCGCUGCACAAGACCCUGCAUCGCAUCGAUCUGUGCAUCAAGAAGGGGACGCUGGUAGGAAUCUGUGGAGGUGUGGGGAGCGGAAAGAGCUCGCUUCUGUCCGCUCUACUGGGACAGAUGACCCUGCUGGAGGGCAACGUGGCGGCCAGUGGCGGCUUUGCCUAUGUAGCUCAACAGGCCUGGAUCCUCAACGACUCACUGAGAGAGAACAUCCUGUUCGGAAAAGAAUACGAUGAAGACAAGUAUAAUUCUGUGCUCGAUGCCUGCUGCUUGAUCCCUGAUCUGACAGAGCUGCCCUAUGGGGAUAUGACUGAGAUAGGGGAGAGGGGUGCCAACCUGAGUGGCGGGCAACGCCAGCGGGUGAGCCUGGCACGUGCCCUGUACAGCGAGCGACCCAUCCUGCUCUUAGAUGACCCUCUUAGUGCUGUGGACGCCCACGUGGGCUCUCAGCUCUUCCACAACGCCAUCCGCACAGUGUCCAAGGGCAAGACCAUCAUCUUUGUCACACACCAGCUUCAGUACCUGGCAGAGUGUGACGACGUGAUUCUGAUGAAGGACGGGCAGAUUGCAGAGCAUGGCACCCACACCCAGCUCAUGGGCAGAGACCGUGACUACGCCACCCUCUUAAACAGUGUACAGCGUGAGAACCUGGUGAAAAAGAACCUGAAGAAUAAGGAGAAGAAGGAGGGAGAGGAAAAGGUUGAGUCCACCGCGACUGUAGCCAAAGUCGUCAGACCUCCGAUGGAGAAAAAGAAAGACCAGCUCAUGAAAGCGGAGGAGAAGGGCUCUGGCGGCGUGGCCUGGGAUGUGUACAAGGCCUACAUCAAAGCGGCUGGAGGCCCUUAUGCCUUCAUCAUCAACGUCAUCCUCUUCCUCUUCACCACCGGCAGCAUCGCCUUCAGUAACUGGUGGCUGAGCUACUGGAUCCGCCAGGGCAGCGGGAACACAUCAUUAAUCCUGGAGAACGAAACCAAUGAAACGGUGGCAGCGUUGGCAAACGAUAGCAUGAGGCUCAACCCUCAUGUUCAAUACUACUCAAGAGUUUAUGUGCUGUCCAUGGGGGCCGCUCUCUUCCUGAAGACAAUGAGGGGGCUAGUGUUCGUCAAGUGCACUGUUCGGGCUGCCUCGGUGCUCCACGACAAGCUAUUCCGCCGCCUCCUCCUGAGCCCCAUGCGCUUCUUUGACACGACACCGCUGGGCCGCAUCCUCAACCGCUUCUCCCGCGACAUGGACGAGGUGGAUGUCCGUCUGGCCAUGCAGGCUGAGAUGCUGCUCCAGAACCUGACCCUGGUGCUCUUCUGCCUGGCCAUGGUGGGCAUCGUAUUCCCCUGGUUCCUGCUCUCCCUCCUGCCCCUGGGAGCCUUCCUCCUCAUUGUCAACCGCGUCUCCAGUGUUCUGAUUCGUGAACUGAAGCGUCUAGAGAACAUCAGCCAAUCACCUUUCACUUCGCACAUCACCAGCAGUCUCCAGGGGCUGUCCACCAUUCACGCCUACGGCAGAGGGGACGACUUCUUGAACAGGUACCAGGCUUUACUGGACACCAACCAGGCCUCCCACUACCUGUUUAGCUGUGCUAUGCGCUGGCUGGCUGUACGACUGGACCUGAUCAGCAUUACUCUCAUCACCACUGUAGCCCUGUUCAUCGUUUUCAUGCACAACCAGAUCCCCCCAGCCUACGCAGGCUUGGCUAUAUCCUACGCCGUGCAGCUGACUGGUCUUUUCCAGUUCACCGUGAGGCUGCUGUCGGAGACUGAGGCUCGCUUCACAUCAGUGGAGAGGAUCAAUCAUUAUAUAAAGACCUUGGAGGGUGAAGCGCCGAGGCAGAUCAGUGGGCCAUCCUCUCCUGCCCCCUGCUGGCCAGAUAAGGGACGGAUCUCCUUCCAGGACGUGGAGAUGUGUUACCGGGACGACCUGCCGAUGGUGCUCAAGAAACUCUCCUUUAACAUCCUGCCAGAGGAGACCAUCGGAAUUGUGGGUCGCACUGGUUCAGGGAAGUCAUCACUGGGCGUAUCUUUCUUCAGACUGGUGGAGCUGACUGGGGGCUCCAUCACCAUCGACGGCAUCAACAUUGCCCAGAUUGGAUUGGACGACCUGAGAAGCAAGCUGUCAAUCAUUCCCCAGGAGCCCGUUCUCUUCAUUGGCACCAUCAAGUCCAAUCUGGACCCAUGGAAUCAAUACUCAGAUGCCCAGAUCUGGGAUGCACUUGAGAGGACCCAUAUAAAGGAGAUGAUCAGCCAACUGCCCCAUUCCCUCCAGUCCGAGGUGACAGAGAACGGAGAGAACUUCUCAGUGGGAGAGAGACAACUACUGUGUGUGGCAAGAGCACUGCUUAGACACAGUAAGAUCUUGCUGUUGGACGAGGCGACGGCAGCCAUUGACGCAGAGACAGACCGGCUGAUUCAGGAGACCAUCCGCGAGUCGUUCAGCGGCUGCACCACACUGAUCAUCGCUCAUCGCCUCAACACUGUGAUGAGCUGUAACAGGAUCAUGGUGUUGGACCAGGGACAGAUUUUGGAAUUCGACACCCCUGCUGCCCUGCUGGCAGACGUCAACUCCAGAUUCCGGGCCAUGAUCGGGGCAUUUGACGGCAAGCUCAGUAACACAGAGAAGUGACCCCAGUCGAAUGGGUACAAAGGAGCUCUUAUAAAACAGGCAAUGCAGCAGAGGACCUCACUUGCACAAACUUUGAAGAUGAACAUCCCAAUCUUUCCAUGGAGCGAGGAAGAUGCGGUAUUUUAAAAGGCAAUAGUAGAGGUUCUUACAAUUGCUGCUAAAUCUAGAGAAGUCUGUUGAUGUCAAAAACCAAUGAUGACUUCAUGACUAUGAUGAUGAUGACAAUGUUCCAAAAGAUGCAUCAAAGAUGUGGAUCUAUGGAAAGUUGGGAGUAUCAUACCUGCUGACCUUUGCUGCUGUGUGGAAAGAGAGAAUUUCUCUGAGGCCAAAAGAGCAAGUGCAAACGAAGGGGAACAGAGCCAUGACUCUACAAUGGCAGUUUAAAUUCCAUGAAAUACUGAAGCUUUUGAUAACACUGAAUGUUGCUUCACCCUCUCUCGACAGUGCUAUCAAUGAGACUCGGAAGAGAACAUUCUCUAUCUGUUUCACUGAUAUAAUUACAAGGAAACCUACAGGUAAGUGCCAAAAUAAAGGAAACACCGACUUUAAAGUGUCUUGGGCCACCACGAGCCACCAAAACAGCUGCAAUGCACC